UAGAAGGGAAGCACGUUCGUUUGUGCCUGAGCCACUCGUCUGUGACCACGAGAGAUGGGGCAGCCUGUGCCUUGAGGACGAAGAUCUGAAGAAGGAAAACAGGGACGAGAAAACCAGCCAGAUAGAGGAGGACCUCUGGAGAAAGCGGAAGGCAGGAGACGGGGAGGAGAAAGGAACCCACGCCAGGUGGAAACAGGACCUAGAGCAAACCGGUCGGGUCUACAGUUGUUUUUCUGGAAGAGAAGAAAGUACCGGAGGAUUGCCUUUUUUUCCCUUAAGUUAAUGAAAACUACUUUUAUCCUCAUCGUAAAAGAAAAGGCUUAAGGGGAGGUAAAGACAAUCUGUUUUCUUAGGGGGAGAGCUGAGGGAAAUCCAGACUAUCUCUUUGAAGCGUCUGAAAUAAGCCGCUGCUUGGUAUACAUUGCAGAACGGUCCUGGUUUUUGAAGAGCCACAUCCCUUUCAGGAGAAUUCCAGCCGGAGUAGCUAGUACAGUUCUAUUUUUAUAUUUAAAUGUCUAUGUCUCUUCCCCCCUCUUUUAACAACACUUUCUUUGUUUGUAAGCACGAGUAACAAGAAAGUGCCAAGACAGAGUAGGAGUUUUUUCAUUUUUUUCUUUUACCUGCCUGGGUCUUUUUUUUUUUUUUUUUAAGAGGGUAGGAAUGGUCUUUUUCUCGGAAAAGGACAUUUCCAUGUGAAAGGCUCUCUCUCUAAAUAUAUUUACACCCGUAUGCAUUUAGAAAGAGAGAUACCUUUCGGAGGUUGAAAUUCUACUGAGAAACAUGGAAAAAGGAGCCAGGCAACGAAACAACACUGAAAAGAACCACCCAGGUGGGAGCAAGUCGGAGACUGGUUCUGGAGAGGGUGGAGUGGCCCUGAAGAAAGAGAUUGGAUUGGUCAGUGCUUGUGGUAUCAUUGUAGGGAACAUCAUCGGCUCUGGAAUCUUCGUCUCACCCAAAGGCGUGCUGGAGAAUGCUGGCUCUGUGGGCCUCGCUCUCAUCGUCUGGAUCGUGACAGGUCUCAUCACAGCUGUAGGAGCCCUGUGCUAUGCUGAGCUCGGGGUCACUAUCCCCAAAUCUGGAGGUGACUACUCCUACGUCAAGGACAUUUUUGGAGGACUGGCUGGGUUCCUGAGGCUGUGGAUUGCUGUGCUGGUGAUCUACCCCACCAACCAGGCCGUCAUUGCCCUCACCUUCUCCAACUACGUGCUACAGCCACUCUUCCCCACCUGCUUCCCUCCGGAGUCUGGCCUUCGCCUCCUGGCUGCUGUCUGCUUAUUGCUCCUCACAUGGGUCAACUGUUCGAGUGUGCGGUGGGCCACCCGGGUUCAAGACGUUUUCACAGCUGGCAAGCUCCUGGCCCUGGGCCUGAUCAUCAUCAUGGGAGUUGUACAGAUCUGCAAAGGACAAUACUUCUGGCUGGAGCCAAAGAAUGCAUUUGAGAAUUUCCAGGAACCUGACAUCGGCCUCAUCGCACUGGCUUUCCUUCAGGGCUCCUUUGCCUACGGAGGCUGGAACUUCCUCAAUUAUGUGACUGAGGAACUUGUGGAUCCCUACAAGAACCUUCCCAGAGCCAUCUUCAUCUCCAUCCCACUGGUCACAUUUGUGUAUGUUUUUGCCAAUGUCGCUUAUGUCACUGCAAUGUCCCCCCAGGAGCUGCUGGCAUCAAAUGCAGUCGCUGUGACUUUUGGAGAGAAGCUCCUAGGGGUCAUGGCCUGGAUCAUGCCCAUUUCCGUCGCCCUGUCCACAUUCGGAGGAGUCAACGGGUCCCUUUUCACCUCCUCCCGGCUGUUCUUUGCUGGAGCCAGGGAGGGCCACCUUCCCAGCGUGUUGGCCAUGAUCCAUGUGAAGCGCUGCACCCCAAUCCCAGCCCUGCUCUUCACAUGCAUCUCCACCCUGCUGAUGCUUGUCACCAGUGAUAUGUACACGCUCAUCAACUACGUGGGCUUCAUCAACUACCUCUUCUAUGGCAUCACGAUUGCCGGACAGAUAGUUCUUCGCUGGAAGAAGCCUAACAUCCCCCGCCCCAUCAAGGUCAACUUGCUGUUCCCCAUCAUCUACUUGCUGUUCUGGGCCUUCCUGCUGGUCUUCAGCCUGUGGUCGGAGCCCGUGGUGUGUGGCACUGGCCUGGCCAUCAUGCUGACAGGAGUGCCCGUCUAUUUCCUGGGAGUUUACUGGCAACACAAGCCCAGGUGUUUCAAUAAGUUCAUUGAGUUGUUGACCCUGGUGAGCCAGAAGAUGUGUGUGGUCGUGUACCCCAAGGUGGAGGAGGACUCAGGGAUGGUGGGGGUGAUGCCUGACAACAUGGAGCAGCAGCAGCAGCCCAUCUACCAGCCGGCUGCCUCCAAGGACAAGGACAGGGUGGAGUCCUGAGGACCACCAUCCCCUCUCAGCUGCUUCCUUCCUCCUUCUUCCCCCGCUUUCUGCCCUCCUUCCCUGCCUGGGCCCCCAAACACAUACACACACACAUAUACAUCCCUCUGCCUCUGCCAAGCGGGGGCAGGACCUGGGUGUGGGUGGUGAUAAACAAAGAUACUGACAUUUGUACCCAAAGAGCCAGCCUCUUCCUGCGCGCCCCCCCCCCC